UAUAUAUAUGUAUACACCACAACUAAAGUCAUUCAAAUCAUUAAAAUUUAUCUUACUAAAGUCAUUAAAAUUAUCUUUAUAGAUGAUGGAUUUAUAUUGAUCUAUUUAAAAUGCAAGAUUGAACUGGAUUGUGCUUAAAUUUUUUUUUUUUUUUUAAAAAAAAUUGGUCGUUUUCCACUUGUUGCAGCUUAAAUAUUGGUUAACAUUGGCAUGUGAUGAAAAGCAUUUUUCCAUCAAAUUUAUUUUUAAAAGUUGUUGUAUUUACUUAAAAUUUGUCUCAUUUUGUAUUCUAGGUGAGCUCCAUCUAUUUUCUAAAGUCUUUAUAUAUUUAUAUAAUAUAUAUAAUGGAAAAUUUUCAAAUCUGAAAUACAUUGCUGUAUUGUCCCAAUGAAUACAUAAUUUAGUUAAAAACUUGUUGGUUAGUUGUUAGUUGGAUUUUUUUUUUUUCUCCCAAAAAAAAAAAAAAUUGAUGGCUGCUAAAAUUGGAUACGGAGUUUUAGCCCUAAAAUUGACAAUUACGAUAAAAUAAUAUGCAUUUCAUGUUAUUAUUAAAAAAGAAGGAUAUAGACUACAAGUUUGAAAUCCACCGAAGUGUGUUGAAACAUUACAGUGAAUCAGUGACCCAAUCUUCUCCUUCUCUCUCUCUCUCUCUCUCUCUCUCUCUCUCUCUCUCUCUCUCGUAUUUCGGUUGGCAGACCAAUCCCAAUUCGAUCAGCCAUCGAUGACUUCCUCUUCUUCUCCUUCACCUCAACGUUCUCGUGGUGAAAACAGCAACAGAAACGGUGAGGAUAGUAGGCCAAGGUUCUUUGAUGCGAAGGCGAGGAGCGUGUGUUGGGCUAAGGCCGAUGUAGUCCCUGGUCGACACCCUGAUAGGUGGCGCAAAGACGCCGCUGGCAACAUUGUCUGCAAGCGUUUCAGCAACUGCCUGGGCUGUCUCUGCUUCGAGUACGAUCACAUCGUCCCCUUCUCUAAAGGUGGUGAAUCUGUUGCAGAAAAUUGUCAGAUUCUUCAAACACGAGUGAACAGAUUAAAAUCAGCCAAAGACCAUGUGGAUGCAAAUAAAUUGAAAGGUUACUCUUGUGAUGUCAACUUUACUGAUAAGGAGCUUGACAUAAUUGAAAUGGCCGUCUAUGGUGAUGUAAUCCGGCCAGGAAACCAAUGCCGAUGUAGAACGGUAGCCGAGAUGCUUGGGCAAUACAAAUCAAAAGACAGCAUGGCUGCUUGCAAAUUGCCAUAUAAUGAAGAAGCUUUAUAACAUCAAGGAUUAUAAAUUCCAUUACAAAAUUCUUCUGAAGAACCCAAAAUGGAGCUUGUCUUUCGAUAUGUUUCUACAACUCGUCAACAGAACUCUUGAUCAUGUUAUUGAAAUGGAAGAUGAGGCUGAGAUAGAGGGAGCAACUUUUGGGGUCUGUAAAUAAAGAUUUAUUUUUUUGCCUCUAAAUAUGUCUUUUUCUUUUCUUUUCUUUUUUCUUUUUUUUGGGAAUAUUCUUCAAAAAUGUGUAUUUGGCUAUCAGGUUGAGCAUAUUUCGCUUCAUUGUUUUGAGAAAACAAUGUGAAUGAAAUUUAAUUCAGAAUGUCUAAAUGCAUUGCGUGGA